GCAGUAAAAUGGCAGAAGCCAGAAUUUCAGUGGAUCAGGAUGAGUUCCUGUGUCCAGUGUGUCUGGAUCUCCUGAAGGAUCCAGUGGCCAUUCCCUGUGGACACAGUUAUUGUAAGAGCUGUAUUACAGGCUGCUGGGAUCAGGAGGAUCAGAUGAGAGUCUACAGCUGCCCUCAGUGCAGACAGACCUUCAGUCCAAGACCUGCUUUAGCUAAAAACACCAUGCUGGCUGAAGUGGUGGAGAAACUGAAGAAGACUAAACUUCCUGCUGACUGUUUCGCUGGAGCUGGAGAUGUGCAGUGUGACGUCUGUACUGGAAGAAAACACAAAGCCGUCAAGUUCUGUCUGGUGUGUCUGGACUCUUACUGUCUGAAUCACCUUGAACAACAUGAGAGUUGGUUUAAAGGAAAGAGACACAAUCUGACUGAUGCCACUGGACGACUGCAGGAGAUGAUCUGCCAGAAACAUGACAAGAUCCUUGACGUUUUCUGUCACACUGACCAGAAGUGUGUGCUGUGUACGAUGGAUGAACAUACAAACAAUGAUACUUUAGCAGCUGCAGCACAGAGGACAGAGAAACAGCACCAGCUGAAGGAGACACAGAGGUUGUUCCAGCAGAGGAUCCAGCAGAGAGAGAAAGAUCUUCAGCAGCUGAGAGAGGCUGUGGCGUCUCAUAAGUGCUCUGCACAGACAGCAGUGGAGGACAGUGAGAGGAUCUUCACUGAGCUCAUCCGCUCCAUCGAGAGAAGCCGCUCUGAGGCCACACAGCGGAUCAGAGAUCAGGAAAAGACUGCAGUGAGUCGAGCUGAAGGACGACUGGAGAGACUGGAGCAGGAGAUCAAUGAUCUGAGGAGGAGAGAUGCUGAGCUGGAGCAGCUUUCACACACACAGGAUCACAUCCAUUUCCUGCAGAGUUUCCAGUCUCUCUCAGCUCCUCCUGAAUCUACAGAUGUAAAUGACGAUCCCUUCAGUUCUCUCUCUGCUUUUGAUAUCAUGAGAGAAUCUGUUCUUCAGCUGAAAUACAAACUGGAGGAUUUCUGCAAAGAGGAGCUGAAGAAGAUCUCUGAGAAAGUCUCUUUCACCAACAUUGUUCCCAGGACCAGGAACGACUUCCUACAAUAUUCCCAUCAGUUCACUCUGGAUCUGAACACAGCGAGUGAAAACCUCUGUCUGACUGAGGAGAACAGAAUGAUUACUAACAAUGACACAGAGCAGUCGUAUCCUGAUCAUCCAGACAGAUUUGAUUUUGUGUCUCAGGUGUUGUGUAGAGAGAGUGUGUGUGAUCGACGCUGUUACUGGGAGAUUGAGUGGAGUGGACGUGUGUAUAUAUCAGUGUCAUAUAAGAGCAUCAGCAGGAAGGGAGGUAAUGAGUGUUGGUUUGGAUAUAAUGAUCAGUCCUGGAGUUUGUUCUGCUCUUUCUUCAGUUACUCAUUCAAUCACAAUAACAUCGAGACCAAACUCCCUGUAAAGCCCAUCAUCAGCAGUAGAAUAGGAGUGUAUGAUGAGGAUGAUGAUGAUGAUGAUGAUGAUUUAGAGUCCUUCAUCAGCAGUAGAAUAGGAGUGUAUGUGGAUCACAGAGCAGGAACUCUGUCCUUCUACAGAGUCAAGAGAAACACAAUGAUCCUCAUCCACACAGUCCAGACCACAUUCACUCAACCGCUCUAUCUUGGGUUUAGGGUUUUUAAAAGAUCAUUUGUGAAGCUGUGUAAAUGAAUCAGAUUAGACUGUACAGAGACUCUACCCAUAAUGCUUUGAGCUCAUGAUGAAUUAGUAACAGUGAGAUGUUAUAGAGUCUCUUAUUUUCUCUUCAUUACAUUAAUACUACAGCUGAACUUCUGUCAGUGAAAUAACAUGUCAGAAUAAAUGUGUGUAAUGAAUCCUCAUAUAGACAGUAAGAUCAGUGUGUGUUUGUGAGUCAUGAUGAGUGAUGGAUUGAGGAUUGAGUCAAAUCAUCAUCAAUUCAAUCUGGAUAACUAAAAUAUAUUAGGAAUGAAAGAAGGAAAACUAAGCUGAACUCUGAAAUCAGUCCAGAUGAAUCACAUCAUUACUGUAAAUGUCAGAAUUGUUGGAGUUUCUUUGUUCAGUGGUUCAUGCUGCUUGUCC